AUGGAUUAUUGUGCCGCCCGAGAUCAUUUCGAUUCACUUCAAGAAACAGAAAAUGAUUGUGAAUUCUUUUAUGGUAGAGGCGGAGGAGGAGACGAUGAUGACGAUUUUGAGCUUGAUUCGUUGCUCCGUUUGGAUCUCGACACGAAUGAUAUUGUCGAUGCUCUCAACAUGCCACGUGCCAAUUCAGAUGAGCAGUCAAAUAUGGACUACGAGAAUAAUAAGUCUGUCGACUUCUCACUUGCAACGUCUUCUGGCACGGCGUCGUUGGUGGCGACGAGCUCCGCCUCGGCGGCGUCUUCGACUGCAUUCCCCGCGUACAAUACGCCAACCACCUACUAUAAGGACUACAACACAUCAACUGCAUACCCAAUGUUCCUCAACUACCAACCAUACACAACAACAACCGUCGGCACCGGCAAUGAUAUGGACUUUUCCAAUUCGGAUAUGACAAUGCACAGCGGAGUUUUUGGAACAGCUCAAAACCCCGGAGGAUACUUCUACACACCGACACUAAAUGGAUAUGGUUAUGAUACACUUGCCGCCGCCACGUCAGCCAGUGGGAUCACAGUGAACAAUCAGGUUAAUGUGAGCAUUGUGCAAGGGAAUUUAAGUAAUCCGACGACUGGAAACAUCGUCUCAACCACAUCGAAUGUGCAGUCAUCGAUCCUCCCUCGUGGGAAUCCAGGGCUCACGCCUACUGGAUUGAAUGGAUGUUCGACGUCUUCUGGAUCAUCUUCAGCUUCAAGCUCAUCAGCCAACUCAACAUCCACACCGAAGACGAUCGGACUGUCGAAGACAAACAGAUCUGCGGGUGCCAACAGUCAGUUCGGCACAGAGGAUCGUGAAUGUGUCAACUGCGGAGUCCAUGCCACCCCACUCUGGCGUCGUGACGGUUCUGGAAACUACCUUUGCAACGCAUGUGGUCUCUACUUUAAGAUGAAUCAUCAUGCUCGACCAUUGGUGAAGCCGAAGAAAAGACAGCAGAACGCUCAAAAACGGACUGGAAUCGAGUGUGUCAACUGCCACACGAACACGACGACUCUUUGGAGACGAAAUGGAGAAGGGCAUCCAGUGUGUAAUGCUUGUGGACUCUACUACAAACUUCAUAAGGUUGAACGUCCGAUGGCGAUGAAGAAGGAGGGGAUCCAGACCCGUAAUCGAAAACUUUCCUCAAAAGGACAACGACGUAUCAAAAAAGAAAAUGGAGAUACGACGCCAAUCAUUGGAAUGACCAGCGCCUCAUCAAGCCUUGCUUCUGGAAUUGAUCUGACGGAUUCAGCUGGAGUUUGGGGAGUGAAGAGGGAGUUACCACUGAUGGCAAUGGGAACUCCGACGUCGUAUUCCUUCCCCGCGCCCAACUACUUUUUGGGUUCAUUUGAUGAUAGUUUCAAUCCGAUGAUUGACUUUGGUGGUAGUCAAUUGGCGGUGAAGAAUAAUUGA